AUGAAGCUCCCUCAGGGCCUUUCUAUUGAGUCCUCCUCUUCUGGAUCUGCUACUUUAGUCUGCAAGCUGCAAAAGUCUCUUUAUGGGCUAAGACAGGCCUCUCGACAGUGGUAUGCAAAGCUGUCUCAAGCCCUUUGUUCCAGGGGAUACUCUCACUCUUUAAAUGACUAUUCUUUGUUUGUUAAGAGAACUGAGUCUUGUUAUGUUUUUCUAGCAGUUUAUGUUGAUGACAUUAUUUUAACUGAGGAUGAUUUGUCUGAAAUUUCUGCCCUUAAGAUGGCCAAUCCUUUAGACAUUGCUCACAAGUUGCAUUCUGAUGUUGGUGAGCUAUUACCUAAGCCCGAAUCUUAUAAAAGUUUGGUUGGCAAGCUCAAUUUUUUGACUCAUACUCGGCCAGACUUAUGUUUUGCUGUCCAGCAUUUGUGUCAGUUUUUAAAGACACCUCGGGUCCCACAUAUGGCUGCUGCUUUGCAUGUUUUGCGAUACUUAAAGGGGAUUUCUACUUUUGGGGUGUUUCUCAGUAAUUCUCCUGAUUUCUCUUUGCUUGCUAGUUGUGAUAGUGAUUGGGCUGCUUGUCAUGAAUCUAGACGCUCUGUCACUGGUUUUUGCAUUCAUUUGGGUGGUAGUCUUCUUAGUUGGAAAUCUAAAAAGCAGCAUAUCGUCUCCUUGUCUUCAGCUGAAGCAGAAUAUAGGACUAUGAGUAAGGUGGUGGCUGAACUAGCCUGGUUGGUCUGGUUAUUAUCUGAUUUGGGUCUUUCUAUUGAUGCUCCAAUUCCUGUUUUGUACGAAGCCAGGCUGCUAUUCGCAUAG